UAGGCGAGAAUAGCGAAGACGCGCGGUUCUGAGCACAUUGAAACGGAAGAAAACGGAAGAAAUUGAAAACAGAAAACAGAAACUAACAAGACUUCGAUCGAAGUACAAUAAGAAAAAGUUAGAAAUUAAUCACUGAUCAUUCGAACGAUAAAUUGAAAGAUGAUUAAGAGUGAAGAAGCUGUGAGUGAUUUGAAUAAUCGUGCCAUGAACGUUGAUCAGUUGGGUGGCUUUGUGAGCUCCUCGCAUUAUCAUCAUCAUCCGCAUCAUCCUCAUCAUCAUUUAUCGUCGCAGCAUACACACCCUCUGCCACACACACACUCACACUCACACACACACACCCAUACACAUCCACAUCCUCAUUCGCAUUUGUAUCGUGCUGGAAAUUUGCUGCCUGCUGGCAAUUUCCAGUCCAUGGGCGGUGAUUCCCCCACGGAUCUGGUGGAUGAGAAGCCCAACAUUAGCUACAUGGAUCGCAAGUACUAUACCUCAGCGUUAGAUGGCGCUGGCAAUGUGACGCCCACAACAACCCAACAUUAUGGACUGAGUGCGAUCCAUAGCAUGGGAACCCCGCCGGCAUCGUCCAGUCCGAUUCCCCCAUAUGGGGUGCUAAUGACCACCCAUUCGGCCGGCUCGAUAUCCCCCAAUUCCAGUUCCAAGACGCCCACCGAUCAGGAGAUGUACGUCAGCUCGUCGGUUGGAAAGCCUUUGCAGCUGCAGCCGAUGAAUCAUCAAUAUACCUCCACGAUCAAGUACUGCUCCAACAAUACCAUUCUCAGUGCCAACGAUUAUCAUCAGUUGACCAUACACGAGGCAGAUCAGCAGCAACAACAUCAGCAGCAACAACAACAGCAGCAGCAACAACAACAACAGCAACAAUCACAGCAGAAUUCUCCAGGAUCGGGCAGCUUUAUGCCACGGAUGUCCUCCUCGCCCACACAGGUCAUAUCGAAUGCCCAUAAUCAUGGCAUGUCCGUCUUGAAUUACUCCAGUGCGAGUUCCUCGCCAGCCAAGUCCUUAAAUGGCUCAGAGACGACGCCAACAAAUGCAACAACACAUGAAGGUCAAAGCUGUCAGCAGUCCAAGUCAACGGGUUCCAAUGGACAGGACAGCAGCACGCCGGAUACCACCAAAAAGUCAGGGACUAGACGCCCUGAGAAGCCAGCCCUUAGCUAUAUCAAUAUGAUCGGACAUGCCAUCAAGGAGUCGCCCACUGGCAAACUGACCCUAAGCGAGAUCUACGCAUAUCUACAAAAGAGCUAUGAAUUCUUUCGUGGACCUUACGUGGGCUGGAAGAAUUCGGUACGUCACAAUCUCAGCCUGAAUGAGUGCUUCAAGAAGCUGCCCAAGGGAAUGGGAGUGGGCAAACCGGGCAAAGGCAAUUACUGGACUAUCGAUGAGAACUCGGCGCAUCUGUUUGAGGAUGAGGGCAGUCUGCGGCGUCGUCCUCGCGGCUAUCGCUCCAAGAUCAAGGUCAAAACGUAUGCGGUGAAUGCCAAUGGCUUCUACAGUGGCAGCUAUGGAGAUGCGGGCAUGGAUAAUGCCAAUUUCUAUGCGGCACCAGCUUAUGCCACUUAUGAUUAUGGUGCAUCCGCCAGCUCCGCUCCCAAUGUCAUUUCUUCAGCGGCUCAGGGCUUUGGGGAUGCCUGGAAUGUGCAUGCGGCGCACAGUGGUGCACCGGCCAUUGGAGUGGGCACCUUGCCACAGUACUCCAACAUAACCUGCCUCACCACCGUGGGCAACAAUCUGAAUGGCUCGCUUACGCCACCCCUGGCUCAUUCCGCCCUGGGCAUGACUUCGACGGCGGGCUCCUCCAGUUCGCCGGUGACGGCGCUUCAAAGCGAUUAUGCGCCAGCCGCCAGUCUCGUGGCAGCGGGUUAUUCCUAUGCAACAAGUGGCAGCGGCUUGGAUAACGGUCUGCGCUCCAUGUCGCUGCAGCAGCUGCCCGCUCUGUCCUCCAUUCAGACGGUACACUCGCAAUCCCAGUCACACCAUAAUAAUAACAAUAACAACAACAAUAAUCAUCAUCAUCAUCAUCCCCAUCAUCAUCAUCAUCAUGGAACCAUGACGCCGCCGCCAUCACAAUCGGGAAAUCAGGCGAUCGAUCGUUCGCCCGUCGAUUUGAAACCGGUUUACCUGCCACCGAUAACUCCGCCCCCGACAUCGGUCAAUGGCGGCUACUAUGAGACAAUUAAAUAUUCAAAUUAACCCUUAGCAUUAUCACAAUUAUAUUAUUAAUUCAAUAUGUAUGAGUUAUUUGGCAUUAUUACCUCAAAGGAUAAUCAAUUUUAAUGUUAGUUCCUAAGUAGUUGCCAAAUUUGAUCACAUUAGUUGCUUAGUGCGUAAACAAACAAGUUAUUAUCAAAUAAAUAUCAUUUAAUUAGCAAGUAUUUGAAAA